CCACGGAGGCGGCCAUGGCGGUGGUGGUGGUCUUGGCAGUGGAGGAGGCGGUGGACAUGGCGGCGGUAUUGGUGGGGGAAUAGGCGGUGGUAAUGGCGGUGGACUUGGCCACGGCGGCGGCGGUGGACUUGGCCACGGCGGCGGCGGCGGACUUGGCCACGGCGGCGGCGGCGGACUUGGCCACGGCGGCGGCGGAGGCGGACUUGGCGGUGGCAACAGCGGCGGACAUGGCGGAGCUCACGGAGGCGCUGGCGGUGGCAGUAUUGGCGGAGGUCUUGGCGGUGGUAGCGGUGGAUACGGUGGCGGCGGUCAAGGUGGGCACGGUGGUUUCGGCGCAAGGGCAGAGUCCAGCGCGAGUGCGUCCGCCGGUGCGGGCGGUUACGGACAAAAGGGCGGAUACGGACGCUGAUGCAGCACAAGAUUUAAGUAACCACUUCGCAAACUAUUCGUGAAUGAACCUCAAAAUUACCUAUAGUGAUAAGCAAACACAAUGUGAUAUAUAGAAUAAACAGUUCGCCAUAAUAUUGUACUUACAUAAUAUUAUGAUACAAAUAAAUCCAGUUACAUACUU